GGGGUAACUUCAUCCUCGGCAGAUGCGUCGUAGGAUCCGGCCAACCUCCACUCACUACUACCGAGAGCCGGUGCAAGUACAUAUGAAAAUGUCCGAAAGCGAACCGCGCUACCGCGAGACCAACAUCUCCCGUAAGGUCUUCUCAAUUGCGGGGAUCCAGACAACAGUAUUCGGACUUGAUGAGCUUCCUUCUCAGGCGUCAGAAAUUGGGUGUCUCUGGCUCUUGCACCCGCGACUUGCAACCCUAGAGCGCAUGGUCCCAAUCGCUACCGCAGCGAUUAACGACUGGAACAAGCGAAUCCAGGAAGGUCGUGCAGGCCCAAAGUCCGUAAAGGGCUUGAUUGCCGUGGCUUUCGACCAGAGAAAUCAUGGCACGAGAUUAGUCGAUCCUCUCUGCAAUGAGUCUUGGAAGAAGGGGAAUCCACGUCAUGCUCAGGAUAUGUUUUCUGUCUUCCAGGGCACCGCACGAGACACCUCUCUCCUGAUUGACUAUUUGCCCGCCUUCGUUUUCCCUAAGACAGAUCGCCGAAUCACUGAGAAUCUUGUUCUCGGGGUAUCACUCGGUGGUCAUGCAGCCUGGAGCUGCAUUUUGCACGAACCUCGCAUCUCCGCUGGCGUCGUAAUUAUUGGCUGCCCCGACUACGCGAACUUGAUGGCAGAUCGUGCCCGUCUGUCCAAACUCCCCUCAUGGAAAGACACAACUCCACCUGGCGCAAAGUUUCUGGGGUCAGAGGACUUUCCUUUCACUCUUUUGGACGCAGUCCGCAAAUGGGACCCUGCCGGUUUAUUCUUAAGCCAUCUAGACCUCAGUCCGGAUAUGGAACCCAUUCGCAGUGCGCCGAUCCCAGAACCCACGGAGAGUCAGAAAGCUGUUUUGCGGCCGCUACUCACCCGCUGUUUGGCCGGAAAGAAGAUCCUCAACCUAUCUGGAGGUAUAGACAAGCUGGUGCCGUACAGUAAAGGUGAGGGUUUCUUGGCUUGGCUUAAACAGGCGAUUAGACCCGAUGGCUGGUUUGCGGACGGAGCUGUUACGCUCGAGGAUAUUAUUGAUCAGAACGCGGGACAUGAGGUAACGCCCAAGAUGGUUGAUGAGGCAGUUAGGUUCAUUGGGGACGCGCUCUCUUGUGGCAAGGACGAGGAUAAAAAGGCUUCUGUAAGGGAUUCUAAGAUUUAG